AUGGCUACUAUCGCAGGACCAAGGGCUGCAACAUCUUUUGCCAGUCUGCAGUCUACGACGGGGUCUAACCGAAGUGCUGAUAGCUCCAAUGACUCGGGCAGCACCAAUGCUACUACUUCACGAAAGUUUCCACGCUACAGAGCUGUAUCAACUGGAAACGUUCAUAUUCCUGCAUGGGAGCCGUCCAAUUCUUGUCCCACCGCUGUUACCCUUGCACAGGCUAUCAGUUGGGAUACACGCGUCCAUGAGAGAUUGAGCAACAAAUGGGUCGACUCCAUCCCACCACUCAAACGUCUCGAUGCUUACACCUUGAUUGAGAGGCUUGUUUUGACAUUGAAUAAUCCAGCAUACAUCCCCUACCCAACGGUACACGAUCCCAUCAUCAUUGCUAUUGACCUCGAGCACUUUCCAGUGCGUGAAGACCGGCAGACAGAGGUCGGACUAGCUAUACUAGACACAGCAACAAUCAAAGGAACAACACCCGGUCCAUAUGCAGACUAUUGGAUCCAACAAGUCCGAGCACGCCACUUGCGAGUCUGGGAGACUGGUACUUGGAUCACAUAUGCGAAGAACAAAGCUACCGGAGAACGUCUCUGGGCUGGCAACAAAUUCCAAUUCGGCACUUCCGAAUGGCGCCAGGUCCCUGACAUAUACAAGGAGAUUGAAGAAGUGUUACGCGUCAGUAUCCAGGGCAGAAAUCGUCCCGUCAUUCUCGUCUCCCACCACUGGUCCCAGCAAGAGCAGUUCCUCUCCAACCUCUUCGUCGACCAAGGCCACCUCCUCAAACGCUUCCGUCUCACAGACUUCGGCUCGAUUGCCUCCGUCAUCGACACAGAGUCCUUAGUCUCCAGCAUAGGUACCCCCAGAGUUGACCUCUCCGGCGCCCUGCACAUGAAAGGCUACAGCGAGUUGAUCCGCCACAACGCUGGUAACGACGCAAUGUACACGAUGAUCCUGCUCCUCCGCCUGGCAACCGAUACAACGAUGCCCCCUAAUCGUCACGCAGCACAACAGUACCUGAUCCGUCACACUCCCCAGGAACUCCUCCGCCGCCUCGUGCUCCAGCGCCUCAAAUACCGCAUCCCCCUGAACGACGGCCGCUGCUCUGCCUGUGGUCGUCUCGGUCACUCCGACGUCCACUGCGUCUGGCUCAACUGCUGCGCCGCCUGUGGAAAGAACGGCUUCUGCGCCCAUCGCCCAAAGCCAAAGGACGGACACGCUCAUAGCCCUGUUCCGCCCUCGCGCCCAAACUAUGGCCUGCACAUCACAAACAACAACCACAACAACGCAAACCACAUGAAUAACAACAACAACCACAACAACCUAAACCACAUGAACCACAACAACAGCAACAUAAACCACAUCAACAACAUCCACAAAAUGAACACCAUCAUCACCUCCCACCGCAGAACCACCCAAGACAACCACCACACCGUUCCUGCCCCUCCACCCCGCUCCGCUCCACUCCACCACCUCCCUCCCUCCCCACUCCCCCUUCCUCCACCAGCACCCACACCAACAGCAACCCCGAAACCGAACCCGAACCCGAAACCCACACCCACACACGCCCAAAUCCACACCACUACCACACCAACCACACCAACAACAACAACAACAAAAGACCUCCGCGCCGAAGCACCCAUAUUCCGCCCAACCACCACGACCACCUCACACCAAAAGCACCACCCCCCAACCCCCCAACACCGCCGCCUCCCACCCUCCCACACCGCCGCCCCCCCUUCCCAAUCACCACCACGACCCCUAAGCCCACGCACCCGCCUCCAGAACCACGCCGCCGCCCUACGCGCCAAAGUGCUCAUCGAGCGACGCAUCACGAUGCAGCGCCCGGCCUUUGCCGAGAGCGUGACGGAGCCGAACGAGGCGUGGGGCGCGCCAGAGGGGGGCUAUAAUGCGUGUUUGCGGCAUGUCGAGGUGGAUCAUCAGGUGCGGUUUUGUCCGCGGCGGAGGGAGAAUUAUGGGUGGUGAGG